UGGAGCGCAGCAGCGCGCAGAGCAUGUAGCCGAAACUACACCAGACUGUGGAGUUGAAGUUUUCUUUUGUUUUCUUUUGUUUUUUUCUUUACCCGGAGUGUUUUAUUCCAUCUGUGGGAAAAAAAAAUAAACAUUUAAAGCUGCUCUUCGACAUUAUUAUUUGCUUGGAGCUAAAUGACAAGGAGGUAGCGACACAGAAGCACUCAGUGAUUUAAACAGGGGAAAUCAUGGAGAGCAAGGGAUUACUUCGCUGUAAGAUUGUGGUUGUCGGGGACAGCAAGUGUGGCAAGACGGCUCUCCUUCACGUUUUUGCCAAAGACUCGUACCCAGAGAAUUACGUUCCCACGGUGUUUGAGAAUUACACGGCUAGCUUCGAGAUUGAGAAGCAGAGGAUCGAGCUCAACAUGUGGGACACAUCAGGUUCAGCUUACUAUGACAAUGUGCGGCCGUUAGCUUAUCCUGACUCAGAUGCUGUGCUCAUCUGUUUUGACAUCAGUCGACCGGAGACACUGGACAGCGUACUGAAAAAGUGGCAAGGUGAAACACAGGAGUUCUGCCCCAAUGCCAAAGUGGUGCUUGUCGGCUGCAAGUUGGACAUGAGGACGGACCUCAGCGUCAUGAGAGAGCUUUCCAAACACAGACUCAUUCCUGUCACACAUGAGCAGGGAACCACUUUGGCGAGGCAGAUUGGCGCCGUGGCCUAUGCAGAGUGCACCUCAAAGUAUUCGGAGAACAGCGUCCGCGAUGUAUUUCACGUCACCACCCUGGCAUCUGUGUCCAACAUUCAUCGGCCUCAGCUCAAACACGCCGGAUCACGCCACGGCCUCAAACGGGUUUCCCAGCAGCCACCUCGGACUGAGAUUCACGAGCGUCCGCCUGCCAUUAGAAAGGACCGAGCCAAAAGCUGUGUGCUCAUGUAGGACCAGAACCUACCUGCUGCCUGAUCUGUGUGUGUGUGUGGGUGUGUGUGUGUGCUGACGGAGCAUGCCACACAUGAACUUAACUUAUUGGUGAAUUGUUGUCAGAUUCUUUGCACUGCAUAAAGGACGAUGUGAUAAAAGCGAGAACGGAUGCUAUCCUGAGGAGGUCUUUGAAGGGUUGUUUGUCCAUUUUUAGCAAAACUCUGCUUUUUACUUUUCUUUGUGGCUGUGCGCUCAUCAGGGGAGGACAUCGUAGCGGCAAAAGCAAAUUUCUUUAACGCUUGUACCUGAACAAGUGGACAAAAAAACUGAUAAAUUAAAAACAAGACACAAAAUAGUGCAUAGGGAGAUGAAAAGGAAAAAAAUAUAUAUUUGAAAGAUCGUCUUACAGGAAGCAGCGGUAACCGUGCUGGUGUUGACCUCUAUUAUUGUUGUUUCCUGUUUUGAAAUGCUCCUCUGUCUUCAAGUGUUUAAGCAAAUGAAGCACAAUACGAUGCACGCAAAGCGCUCUGAGAAGUCUGUAAAUGUCAGGGAAUGAACUCUGCUCUCCCCGCUGUGCAUAACAAAUUAAAAAUGAAAAUCUGGACUCGUGGGCUGAGAUGACACUAAUUUUCUUAAACCACAAGUGCUUUUAAUAUUGAAAAACGAAAUAAUCACUCACCACAUAAUAUUGUUGUGCUGUGUAAUUACUGUUGUUCAAAUAAUCAACACUGGAAAGGAACGUCACAGAGGGCGUUGAGAUGAAUAUUAUGUUGUACAUGUGAUAAUGAAA